UGCGUGGUUCCUGCCAGUCGACAUGGCCUCCUCAAACAGACAGCUGACGUCCUUCUUCAUUGAAGACAUUCUGUCUAUGAGGGAGGAGAAGGGAGAAGAGUCGAGCGGAAGUUCAGCUGAAAGCCAGACCGACUCACGGAGUUGUUCAGACGGAGGAGAAGCCCACGACGACCUCCUGAUAGCCGCGUUAGCCACGACACCUGCUUCUCCCGACGAUUCGUGUACGGCGGAAAGGACAAACUCACCGACAGAAGCGACGACCGACGCAGACGAGCCGAACCACCCACACACACUGAGUCAGAAGCAGAAGCGCUCGCGCGCCGCCUUCACGCACCUGCAGGUGCUCGAGCUGGAGAAGAAGUUCAGCCGCCAGCGCUACCUGUCCGCCCCGGAGCGCGCGCACCUGGCCGCCGCGCUGCGCCUCACCGAGACCCAGGUGAAGAUCUGGUUCCAGAACCGGCGCUACAAAACCAAGCGGAGGCAGCAGCUGGAUUGUUACCGGAAAGCGGAGGGAAACGUUGCGGUCACAGCCGCCGCCAUGGUGGAAGAGGACUUGCUCAGAGCGUCUCUGCUCGCCACAAUGUACACAUGUUAUCCGUACCGGCCGUGCGUGUACGAGCCACACGGACUGAGCGCGUGGAGGCCGACGGUGUGGUGACAGGGACAUGGGGGAGGCUUUAAAUUAAAACUGUUCAUGUAGCUUAUGUGUUUUGUUAUAUCUUGUACAGCUUUGUAUCCAUAAAUAAACUUAUGUUUUUUUUAAAAACUGUA